AUAUAGGUCUGUAAAGUGUGACGGGGAUUUUGAAUGGAAUAAAUAACCUUUAUACAAAACAACUUGCAUUGAAUGAAAUAAAAAGUUUCUAUAGAAAACACUUCCGCAUGCAUUCGUAUUAAAGCCUAGCAUCUAUAGGCUAAGCACUUCAUACCUUUUGAAUUCUAGAGAGAGAGUUUAAACUAUAAUAUUUUAUCAUAUUCUUGCAUUCAAGUAUUGCAUUUAAAAAAAAUAAAGAAAAUAUGGAAUCAGUUUUUCAAUGCAUUAUUUUGUUAAUGCUUGUUCGGUUUUCAGCAUCCCUCUUCUGCUAUCAAUGUUAUAGAACAGACAGCAACGUCAUAUGUAAUGAAAAUGAACCGAUGAAAUGCGGUCCACAGCAGCCAAUGUGUGCUGUUGACACCGGGGUACCCCGAACAGUCCAGAAAGGAUGUAUAGAACAAUGUCCAUUGGCAGGUAGAGGAGAUAUGAACGAGAAAACGUGUUGGUCAUGUUCCGAUGAUUUCUGUAACUUCGGCCCAGGACUACCAACCCCACCAGGUCUCAAAAGUGAACCGGUUGUUGUUCGUUUUAAAGCGCUAAAGUUUUCUAUUUUCCACCAACCUGCCACAUUCUGGGAAGCAAGAUAUGAAUGUGCGAAAAUUGGUGAAACAUUAGUUUCAAUUUUAAAUCCGGAGACCAACUCUUUUCUGGAAACAAAGUUGCAGAACGAUCCAAAACCUGGUACAAACACACAUGGGGGUUAUUGGAUUGGAGCACAAUGGAUCAAAGAAAACAAAAACUGGAUCUGGACAGAUACUGGUCGUAAAAUUAGUAAUGAAAAUUACGAAGCACAGUGUUCGUCAUAUCAAAGAUGGGCAUCAGGUGAACCUACAAGGCCGAUAAAUCGAAAUUAUUGUGCUCGUAUUGGUUUAGAUGGUUGGUGGAUCACUGAAAGUUGUGCUUAUGUUGCAACAGGAUUCAUUUGCCAAAAAAGUAAUAGUGGCUUAAUGCAAACUACGGCAUAUCAAAGUCAGCUUUACACAUUUCACUCAAUCAAAGUCCCGCAAACAGAAGCGAGGAAAAUAUGUAGUGGCACUGGUAGCAAGCUUGCCAAGUUCAACAAUGAAGCUGUCAUGUACAAAAUAAUUCGAUUGCUUAGUUAUUGUAUAAAUUCGCAACAGUUUUGGAUGGAGCAAGAAUGUGAACACAACCCUCCAGUUGACCAUCGAACCAAUGUAGCAAUAUACUCUUGUAAGACACUACAACCUUUUCUUUGUCAGCGUGGAAUUGAUGAACAAGAUGUUUGCCCUGUAAAUGAUGAAGUUCAAAAUUCAACUCAAUCAUCAAACUUUAAAACAACAAAAAAGCAAUUUAUCACAACAUCUGAAACAUAUUCAACAAAUUCAAUAUUAACAGUUACUCAAACUGUACAAGGAAAAACACCAAAUGAACCUAUUCCACCAUUAAAUAUAACAAUGCAGAUUCCUAGUUGCAAAAAAUGGCAAAGAAUUUAUCAUGGGAAGUUUUACAACUUUCCAGAAGUUAAACAAGGAACAUUUUCGCUAUCCAAUGAGAAAUGUUCUUCAAAAAGAUCUCUUGCAAGUGUAUUUUGUCCAAAGACCAACAAUGAAAAUCCAUCUUUUGAUGAUAAUUCGUUUGCAAUGUCUCCUUGUUAUAAAACACUGGAUUGCAUUUAUGAAAAUGUCAAAUCAUUCAAUCGUGCGGUUCCAACUCCUGUUGAACUUAAGACACUCACAGGCGACCUAAGAGUUCUAACGUCACAACCUACUUUCAUGACGCAAGAUAACAUUACAUAUGCCACCGAUAUCCUGAAAGUAAUUAACAUGAUGUCACACAACAAAAGAUCUACCAGUUUGAUCACAGCUUUAAUUUUGGGUGAUCUACUAACCACUGCUGACCAAUUGCAUGAUAAAGUUUCUGACUCCACAAACAACAACAAUAAGUUGGAACUUGUGGAAAUGGUUGAAAACUUUGCAGCAAAAAUAGAAUUUGAUAAAAAUCAAAACACAUAUGAAUUGGAAGGAAACAAUAUUGCUGUGAAGACUAUGGAUUAUUAUAUGAAGAAUUAUUCAAAAUUUACUGAACAAUCAAAGUUUGUUUUCAAACAAUCCUCAUACGGAGAUGUUUUAUCUCAGUUGGAAAUUGAUCCAACUAAUUUUGACCAAGUACAAAAUUCAAGCAAAAUAAGAAUUGUGUUUGUUGGUUUUUUAAACAGUAGUUUGUUUCCUUCAAGUAAUGGAAGUACUAAACAAGUUAUAAGCGCUUCUGUUUUUGAUGAAAAUGAAAACAAAGUAAAUUCUGCAGUAAACUUUGCUUUCCAAGGAAGUGAGAAACAAGACAAGUGUAAUGACUGUUUAGUGGAAAGUUGUAGUUUCUACGAUCCGCAUAACCAAAUAUGGAAAGAAGACGGUUGCCAUAGAACUCAUAUAUCCGAAAAUGAUACGGUUCACUGCACAUGUAAUCACACAACAAGUUUUGCGGUUGUUGUGAGAAUGAAGCAAGGACGUGCUCACUAUGUGCUUGAUGUUGUGAGCAAGAUUGGAUUAUUCAUCUGUAUUGUUUGUUUCACAAUGACUGUGAUUCUCUUUUUUAUAUUGCCAGAACUUCAGCGUAUUCGAUCAUCUGGUGCUCAUGUGAGCUUAUGUAUUUGUCUCAUACUCGCGUACAUUGCUUUUCUUGCUGGGGUAGAAAGGACUAACAACCGAAUUCUCUGUGUUACAGUAGCGGCAUCAAUCCAUUAUUUCCUUAUUGCAGCUUGGGGUUGGAUGGCUGUAGAAAGCAUCACAAUGUACAGAAUGUUUGUAAAUAUGUUUGAAAGGCAAUCUAUGUUGUCUUGUCGUAAAAUGGUGUUGAUCGUCCACUCUUUAUCUGCAUUAGUUGUGGCUGGUACAAUCACUGCUUCUUAUUUUAAUCAAAGGAGAAAAAUAUUUUACAUUGAAAACUCUUCCACACAAGAUGUUUGGAGUGGUUACAUAGGAGACCAAUAUUGUUGGUUAGUUGGUCCUUGUUUGUACUUUGGUUUUCUUCUUAUUGUUGGUGUUAUUCUGCUGGCAAAUAUGAUUGUGGCGUUCCUUGUCAUCAAAGCUAUAACUUGGGGCAGAUCUAAAGUACAAUCGUCCACAGAAGAACCACCAGCCAUACAUAUAUUGAGAGCUGUACUUGUUUCUGUGUUGCUUGGUAUGACCUGGUUAUUUGCGAUUCCUGUCAGCCUUUCUAAUGAUGACACUGUACAACUUGUGUUUGGAUGGUUUUUUGCAAUUUCUACUUCAAGUCAAGGAGUGUUUGUAUUUUACUUUUUCUGUGUUCGUCGUGAUGAUGUUAGACAGGCAUGGACAAAACCAAUUUGUCGCUUAAUUUGUCAACGUUGGAUAGCUCCCAUAGAACCAGGAGAAUUCAACCAACAAACCAAAAGCACUUCAAUGACGUUUACGAAAUCGGGGAGAGUCCCUAGCGUGUCACGUACGCAAACAGCAUAACGGGAUAAAAAUAGCUACGUUUUUAAUAUAUAGACGUCAGUAAAUGCAAAAUACGUCAGUAAUGGAGAUCUAUUUGUGGAGUGAAACUAUGAAAUCCGUAGUUGAAAUAUGUCAAGCGGAUUUUUAUAUAAAUCGUUUGAAUAACGAUUUAUACUGCGUAUAA